AUGAAAAGCAAGGAAACUAAGACGCGCACUCCUGCACUUUAUCGAAGUUUUUCCAACCCCUUCGGUGCAUUACGCCAUAACGUUAGCCAACAAACGAGCUCGCCGCAGUGGCAGACUGUCCCGCUUGGCUUACCUGUUGUAGACACAUGUACUUGCCACCAUUGGUCUGGUCUUCCAAGGUCGCACUGUCGCUCUCCCUCGCUCCACAGUGCUACUGCAACAGCUUCUGGAAGUCAAACGCCUCCAUCGCUUGUUUCGGCCAGUUCAGGCUCGACAGGAGUAUCAUCCCACUAUUCAGGGUUUAACUCUGCGAUCUAUGCUACUCGUAACCCUCCUCCAAGCCAGCCUCAAUCCGAGAUUCACUCACUGCUUGAUGCAUCCUAUACUACUCUAGUCUGGGACGUCCGUGUUUUACCGAAAGAAUUCAAGAUCUCUCGUCAGGAGACCCCUCUCGUCGGUCCAAAUGCGCUUUCUUUCCCUCUAACGCAAGCAGCUACUGGUCAUGUCCGCAUUAUCAGCCAAGAUUUCCCAUGGAUCAUUGAAAUUGGACCUAAGCAACGCGGAAUAACUGCUGGAGAGGUACUUCUCGCGUUAUAUGAGUUGCUCAACGGACGUCUUGAUGACUUCAUAUGGAAUGUUUCCGAUGAUCACACUCGGUCACGAAUAGUACGCGCUUGGAAAUCACGUUCAGACUCUGGUCCAGUCAUCAAGAGGGUUGACUUCCUCGGCAAACGCUUUAUAUUCAAGGGGCUUUAUCGCGACGAAAAGUACGUGCAACAGAAUCAACGUCCAGAUGAGGCGUCCAUCCCGGAGAUCUUUCUUGUCGCCUUCGCAAAAGCCUGA